CUUUCUCACUACAAGGCCUUCUCGACUGUUGAUGAUGGAGUUUCACCGCGGGGUCAUCAAGAAUAACGCAGAAUUCUAAAAACGUUAUUUUUGAAUGUGCCAUUGUCCAAAAUGACUAGCAUACGGAGGAAAAGUGGAAAAUAUUCACCAAUGAGCUCGGCAGUCAGCUGCUCUCGCCUGCGACAGCUCCAGGCCCUACUGAAGGAUGGCGCCAGCAACGCACCUGAUGCCAUACUCUGCUCUUUAGGAAUUGAUAGCCGGUACAAUGAGGGCUGCACUGAGCUGGCAAACUACCUGUUCUUUGGCCUGUAUCGGCCCAACCAGCUGGACCUGGAUCACAUCUCAGAUGACCUUGCAGAAGAGGUGCUGGACGAUGUGAUCCUGCUGAUUAAAGCCGAGAGCGUCCACCUGUACUGCAACCCGUUGAAUUAUGAGUACUUGCUGCCCUUCGUAGCCCACUGGAGGAACCUCCAUCUGCACUGCAUGACAGAGACAGAGUAUGAGGAUGAAGAGGCAGCGGAGGAGUUCAAGAUCUCUAGUUUUGUGUCCAUGGUGCAGGACUGUAGCCGCAUUGGGAUUCCCUACAGCUCCCAGGGUCACAUGCAGAAAUUUGACAUGUUUAUGCUGGAGAAGUGGCCCAUCAUUCAGGCCUUUGCUCUGGAGGGAAUUGGAGCUGGAGGGUUUUUCACCAUGAAAUAUAAGCUAAUGGACGUGAGUGAGAGGGUGUGGCAGACGUAUGCUAGACUGGACCCCAUGUCUCUGGACCGACUCAUCACAGAGGACCUGGCCCUGUUUGAGAGGCAGUGGAGCAGCUUCUUCUCAAGUCUCAACAUUGAGACACAGCUGUCCAUGCAGGAACUCUCUGAAGCCCAAGCUGGAGAGGCAUUCCGCACUUACUUUUCCCACGGACUGAUUUCCAGCAAUAUCUCAGACAAAAGUAAAAGCUGGCAGCCGUUUGCGCUGUUUGGGAGCCACUCGUCCAUGGAGGACAUCCAGAGCUAUUGCUUCACCUUCCCCUCGGAGGGCCACCAGAUCCGCAACACCGGGCCCCGCGGGGCCAGCUCCAAACACAUGGUUUUGCAGUGCGUUGCCCCAAAAGGGCCUCUGGCAUGUGCACGAACAUACUUCUUCGGCACCACGCAUGUCCCAUACCUUGGAAAUGACAACGUUCAGCAGAAGAACACAGACCUGCUGCUGCUCUCUCAGAUCUAUGCUGCUGCUGUUCAAGGGGUUUUCUCUGGCAUCAAGUGUUUCUCCUACAACUCCAGCAUCAGUAAGGCAAAGGAUGUUGCAGAGCAGACAUUUCAGCGUAAUUUGGACUCCCUCGGUUUAACCCAGUAUAGGAAUGCUCUAAGGUCGAAGGCCGUGUUUAGCAUUCAGGCUGUGAAUAAUGAGGGAAGGGUGGUGCCCUUGAGUCAACCAGAGAGCCGCUUCCUGGUGAAAACUGCGUCCAUGUCGGUGUAUGACAUCCCCGAUCUCCAGCGUGCAGGAACUGAACUGGGCUCUGUCAUCUUCUCCGAGUCCUUCCUAGAGUCCAGCAUUUACAUCCAGGACAAAGAUGGCGCCAUGUCCUCAGACAGCUGCUUCACCAUCCUCACCUCCUCAGUGCCACGAUAUGUCUCCUGGCUGGUGGAUGACAGUGAUGUGAAACUCUCUGAGCACGCCCAGCAGUUGCUGAAGGCUGAGGAAGGAACAUGUUUGGGGACCCUCCUGGCUGUUGGAGACUCAGCCCAGGUGUUUUCCUCUAGCCCACUCUGCACACCUGAAGAAGGUAAACUGGUGUUUUUCUCAGAGGGGUUGCUGUUUGUCCAUCCCCAGUACGGUGCGGUCACUCUCUCCAAGAACCACAUCAAAGGCGUCAAGCUGUAUGACGGGGACUCUCUGUCAAAGCUGUCAGUGCUGUAUGUGGAGUACGAGAGUUCUCUGCUCCCACACCUCCCCUUCCACCUGCAAAGCAAAGACCACUGCCUGGGCCUGGCCUUAACACACAGCACCAAGAGCUACAGAAGCCUGUACUCACAAGUCCUUCAGGUGUGGCAUGGGCCAGACUCAACCUUCAGCCUGCAGAUGGUGGACGCAGGUCAACUUAGUGGGGAGCAAAUGAGCAUGUACUCCAGAUUGCAGAUAUUCAAUGAGGGUCCCAGUUCAUCUGCACUCAAACAGAGAGUAGUGCUUAAGACGGCAUACCCCGAUCUCCCUGAGCUUGAUAGGUUCCGGCAGCAUUUUGCCCUAUGCAGCAGUGUGUGUGAUGAACCUGUAAACAUUGAUCACUUGGAGGCGCUGUUCCCCAACACACACAUCAGUGCAAGUCUGCCUGAGAACAAACCCAAGGUGGUGGUCUCUGUGAUCACUGGGCUGCCAGGAAGCCAUAAGGAGAGCUUGUGUGAUUUCCUGCUCAGCCUCAAUCAGGAGUCUAAGAGGUGGAUGAUGUACCGCCCCUCUCCAGACGCUAUUGGCUUCAGUGCCUCUCACCUGCAACAGUUCCUCAGCAAAGUGGUCGAGAACCAGAAGCAACCAGAACAGAGAGUUCUGCUGACGACCCCAGGGUACACAGACGUACUGGAGGUGGUGCAGUGUAUUGUGUCUCACCCUGACCCUGUGGUGAGGUCAAGUGUGAGGGUGGGGGCAGUGACUGCCUGUGUGAGUCCUCUCAGCUCUUACAUGGAGCACAGGUUUUUCUUCCCCAAACUGCUGGAGCAGUGCAGUCAAGGUGUUGUGAGUAAUGUCGUGUUCACCGGACUGACGGAACAGAAGCACCCUCUCCUCCAGCACGUUCAGCAGCUAGUCCGAUCAGCCAAUCCCAACGCAGCAUUCAUCCUGGCUGACAGAGGUGCAGUCACGAGGACUGCGGACAUGAGAUUUAUUCUUUCUGAGAACAGCUUUUCCGAGGCUCAUAUGAUAAGGGCACGGUACCUGUUGUACCCAGGAUGGGCUGGAGGCAAGUUUUUGUGCGGUUCUGCCUCUCUCUCUAUCUCUCAGAUUCGCCUGCAAUUCAGCCAGCCCCUAGAGAGAGCCCUGUUCCUGCACCACUGCAAAGCACUGAAGUCCUCUCUGAAGACGAGCCCAUUCAAGGGGAACAUCUACCACCUCCGGGGCACCAUACGCUUCUCUGACUCCAGUAAGCUGAUGGAGGUGUGCUUAAACACUGUGACUGGGAACCUGACCCUGGUGGACGCUUUGCCCAGCGGCGACGCUGCCUGUCCCCCUUCCGUCCUGUUCUUCCACGGGGUCGGCCUCACAGAGGACAGCCUCAAGGACUGGCUCCGGCUCUGUGCCAAGCAGAAACUGAUGAAGAAGGUGAGGAAGACCCGCAAGAGUCUGAGCCCACAGGAGCUAAGGAGCAUCCAUGUGAGACGCCAUCUGGACCCUCUGCCUCCCGGCUACUUCUAUAAUGGCCGUCAGUUCGUCAGCUUCUUUGGAGAGAAGUCUACCCUCCACCCCUCGAUGGAGCAGUUCAUAGACGAGUAUGUCCAGGAGGCCAAUAAGGAGGUCGAGCGCUUUAACCGCGAGCUGGAGCUGCAGGACCAGAGGGACCUGUUCGACCCCUAGGCACAGAGAGUUCCUCCAUCCGUCCGUCAGUCCGUCUUCAUCCGGUUGCUCUCUCCAUCCUCCACUGCACUCGUUACUUCUGUCCGUUCAGGCCGGUCACCCGGUUUACCCUGCCAUAUUAAUUCCUCAAUCACUUUUAAAAAAAGGGAAAAUGUUCUGCCCACGGGUUGAGCGGGGUGGGGGGG